AUGUGCAAACAUCAAUUCGGCUUCCACCCAGAGCCCCGAAUCGGCCCAAAUCCGUGGCUUCAGGACAUUGACUACCUCCCGGAGAAAGGUGUGGACUACUCGGAAUGCGAUGUUCCCACACAGCUUUCUGCCGAGAUCGACCGCUACAAGUGGAAGACCCCGUAUCUCACCAGCGCGGGUGGCAUUGUUGGUAUGAGCUUGAAGCAUUGGCGCAAGAUCAACGGGUUUGGCAACAACUACUUCGGCUGGGGUGGUGAGGAGCGGGAUGCAGCGAUCGCUGUCAACCUCGAGAACUUAGCCGCUAGCAGGCAGCAUCUGCAUGAAUUAGUUGUCUGGCAGGACGACGAGCUCCAUCACCGUCUUCGUUUGGGCGGGCUCCUCUACGGGGACUGCGCUUUCGGCCGCACGUUAGUCAGUCUUGGUGUCACGCUCUGUUACCCUUACUGCAAGAAGAAUGAUCCGAAUGUUGGCAAGCCGGGCCAGUCAAUCCACCGCCCGAAGAAAGGCUUCGGCCGCUUCAGCGGAAAGUUCAUGCACAGUGCCAACCACACCAAGCGCAUCACUGACCGCCUUCUGGCCCAACUUGAUCCAGCUAAAGCGGUCAGUUCCGAAUGCAACUUUGCUCUUGACUUGUUGUCUUUUUCAUGCAAUGUCUUUGUGCAUUCCGGACCGCAGCAUGUAGCAAGAGUUUUUUCCGAAGUAUGCAUCUUCUGCCAACUCUGGACUUAG